AUGUUGAAGGAUAUUUUGAAAAACAUCUGCGAUAACCUAUCAAAUGCCACUCUCUGGUUCAGGUUGCUAUUUAUUCUCCGCUUGAUUCUCCGAAAGGAGCUUCGAGAUGGUGGACAAAAAAACAUCAGCGCAAAAAUUAAUAGCAGAUUAAAUGCCUUUGGAGAGGGCUCGUUGGAGAAGUUGAUGAAAUCUGUCGAACCAAUUGUAAAGGGGCAAGAUGAAAGGGUUCGUAAACCAAAGCUAAGUGCUUUAGUCAAAUGCAAAAUAGAACAGGGAAACGUUAGAAAUGCUAUGAGGAUUUUAGCAUCGACGGAUACGAUGGCUCCGGAUUCGACAGACACUAUCAACUCCCUAAAGGACAAGCAUCCUCCCGCUCCGUUAGACAGAAAACCAAGUCCCAACAAAGAAUCGAUAAGCGUUACAGUUAAUCCCCAACAAAUUAUGUUGUGCUUGAGACAGUUUCCAAAAGGAAUCUCAGGAGGUAGAGAUGGUCUAACCCCAAAGCACUUAAGGGAUUUAACGCAUGAUAAGAUAGAAACAGCAAAACUCAUCAGUGCCAUGACCGGUUUUAUCAAUCUGCUGUUGGGCGGCGUUUGUCCACCCGAGGUAGUUCCAUACUUGUUUGACGGGAGAUUGGUGGCCUUAAUUGAGAUGAAUGACCUAGAAUUUUUGGGUUCGAUAGUUUGUAGAGGAAUACGCCAUGAUAAUUUUUGGGCUAAAAAGCUGGAGGAUUUUAAACAUAUUAUGUCAAUGAUGACGGAGAUUAGCAAGCAUGACGCCCUUGUCCUGUUGACGCAGGCGGCAUUCAUUCCAAGGCUGUCAUACUUUUUACGUACCUCUCCUGGCCCGUCUCAACAAACAUCAGAUGAAUUCAACAACGAACUGCGCAUGAGUUUUCAGACUAUAUUUAAUGUGUUUUUUGAUGAUAAAGGUUGGAGGCAGGCUAUAUUGCCGGUAAAUAUGGGUGGACUGGGUUUGGGUGUCGUGGCCGAGUUGGCACCAUCAGCAUUUUUGUCAUCGGCCGCGGCCACGGCAUCCCUCCAGGAUAAAAUCUUACCAAUGAAUGUAGCAUACCAGGAUGAUUUGAGACUUGAAACAUUUUGGCGUUGGUGCACGGUUUACGGGGAUAUAAUGGACAUAAAUGUGUGUUCGCAGAAGAAAUGGAAUGAACCAUUUUUGAAUGUUUCAAAAUCAAAACUGGAUGAAUUAAAUGACUCUCCCUCAGAUAAGGCCAGGUUGAUGGCCGUCAGAAGUGAAUUGGGGUCUGCUUGGCUAAGGGCCAUUCCCAGUACAGCUUGUGGUACAAGGCUCGACAAUGGUUCUAUUAGAGUGAGUUUAUGCUUGAGACUUGGGUUACCGGUGGUGUCAGGUUACAGAUGCUUGUGUGGGGCGGAUGUUUUUCAGUUAGGUCACCAUGGUUUAUCGUGUAGGCUUGGUUCAGGAAGACAAGCAAGACACUCUGCCAUGAAUGAUUAUACAUGCAGAUUAUUUCAGAAAGCAGAUAUACCCGCCGUUAAGGAACCAGCAGCCUACUAUCUGAAAGCAACUUCAGGCCAGAUGGUUACACUCUGGUACCGUGCCGAAAGGUACAUCAAUUACACGGCUAGGGAGCAAGGUUCCGCUGCGGUGAAAGCUGCUGAUUUCAAGAAUACUAAGUACAAACAUCUAAACGACAAUACGAGAGUUUUCGUUCCGAUCUGUAUGGAGACAUUUGGCCCAGUGGAUAAACAGACACAAUUAUUUUUUGAUAACAUUGGUACUAAAAUAGUUGAAAAAUCUGGUGAUCCCAAUGAUAAAAUUUAUAUUUAG